AUGGAGGUCGAGUACAUAAAAAACCGAAUUGCACGAGGAACUGAAGCCUUAGAGAGAAGGAUGGAGAGUGACGUCGAGCAAAUGUGUAGAAGGAUUUUAAUACCGCUUACUGAAGAAUUUGGGGAACGUGAUUUGUCUGCAGAAUUACUUGAGAGACUGAGAGGAUAUUUUAGAGACAUCUACUGGAGUUUAAAAGUGCACUUGGUGUUUCACUCAGGAAUUGCUGAUGAGCUUCAAGAGAUCGACGAACUCCUCAAUGUGGUGGGUGCUUGGGGUGGCUUGACAAAUGAAGAGAUGAACGAACUACCAGACCAAGAUUGCGUAGUCGACCCAGGAAGCAAACUCUUGGAAAUGGUAAGUAUAUAAGCGGCAUAUGUGUGUGUUUUGUUUCCGAGUUUUUAUGCAUUGUCAUUUGCACCGAGUAAGGCUGUAACAUGCCUUGGCUGGCUGUUUAUCUGACCUCGCUGUAGCUGACACCAAAGGUAAUAGUAUGUAGGAAUGUUACAGAAAGAAGAAAACGGAAUAUGAGCUGAAUUAUAGAAUUCAGUAUCAGAUGCCGCUCAAGAUUGUCUUUUUAAUUAGAGUCGAAAGACUCGGAAAUAUUUCCAUUGUUCUUAGGCGGAAUUUCGCUGAGAAAUGUGACUCUUUUCUAGUAAUAUCUCUGUUACGUUUAUUUAGAUCAUUUUGCAGAUAGCCUGAUUCUUAGACGGUCAAGUAGGAGCGACUGACCAACAUUUGGACCGUCUUGAGAAACAGGUUUUUUCAUAGAAGACCUGAUGUGUGGGGUCAAGCUUUAAGUUAAACAGUUUUUAACCGGGUGGCCGAUUUAGCUCAAACGCUGGUAUCAUAGAAGUCCUGCAUCUAAAUAGUCCGUUACGUGAAGAAAAUAAAGAAAAAGGAAUACACAAUCAAUGCAAAUCGCGAUUCAGAAUUACAACGAAAUUUCGAAAAGUUAACGCCAGAAGAAAAAUUUCGCUCAGAAGUAGAAAGUGUGAAAGUUUUCGAUUUUACCUACAGUUGCAGGAAGUUAAUAAAAAUUACCGUGCCAGCAGAGAGAAAGGUGACAGUUUUGUUUCCUAGAAAUAACCGUUCUUUGUUUCUAUUUAUAUUCCAGUUCAAUGACAUUAUGGACGAUCGUGGUGAUAGAGGAAGCGCAGACUACACCAACCGUGUAAUGAAGACGGCGAGUGACUACCUAAGUAAACUCACAAGCAAAAACACUUUCAAACCCACCGUUUUAACAAGGGUGUCACACACAGGCAGGUCUUUUAUUGGGGCCUCAAUAGCCGUAAGUCAUUUCUUAAGGCCCAUUUGUUUGUUUCAUAGAAUUAUCAAUCUUAAACAGAGUCUCGGAAAAGCAAUAGUACAUUUCCAGCCUCUAAAUUUUCCAGAUCGGCAAAACUGGUUAUUUGAAUCAUUGAACACAGCCAACUAUGAUUUGAUAAGAAGCCCUUGUCAAAAUUGUAAUAUGAUGUUUUGUGACGAUCGUUCGGGAAACGGAUGGUCCACGUUUCUCGCCGCAUGUGCAGAGUACUGUCCUGUUAAUCACCUCCUUCCAGAUGAGCCGAAUUUGAGGCAAAGUGCAAGUCAUGAUCCACUUGUGAUAAAUCUACUGAGGAGAAACCAUGCUCGAUGUUCAGAUCUGUUCGAAAACUUUUUGGACAUAUCUAAUAAAUGCAUAGCUGCCGCUCGAUCAAACGACGAAAAUAUCAUGGAGGCCGUGUACUGGGAAGUGAUAUAUAAACUGCACAUUUUUGGUUUAAGGCCAGAAUGUAACCCCUACUUUUAG